CUAAAAAGCAAGCCCCCACUCCUUUCUUUAAUUUUUCAGUGUAUCUUUAUUCAAGUAUUUCGCUUGCCCCUUUUCUCUUUCUUAUUAUUUUUGGAACCUUUUUCUAAUCAUCUCUCAUUUUUAUUCAGUUUCCUAACAUCAAUUGAAACUAGAAAAACUAUCAAUACAUUACCAAAACUAAGCAGAUUAGGACAACAAUAAACUACCGCCAAUUUUUUUUAUUGCAAUCAUGAGUGAUAGUGAUAUCCCAGAAAGAAUCGCAGCUGCCAGAAGAGAAGCUGAAGCCCUAAAAGAGCGUAUUAAACAGCGUAAAGAAGCUUUAGCGGACACAACAUUACAGGAAAUGGCAAAAGACGUCGAACCUUUGCCUCGUAUUGUCAUGAAAGCUCGACGAACAUUAAAGGGUCAUUUAGCCAAAGUCUAUUCCAUGUGUUGGGCUUUUGAUAAACGGCAUUUGGUAUCUGCUUCGCAAGAUGGUAAACUGAUAGUAUGGGAUGCUUAUACGACAAACAAAGUCCAUGCAAUUCCGUUAAGAUCAUCUUGGGUGAUGACCUGCGCUUAUGCUCCCUCAGGAAAUUUUGUUGCUUGUGGAGGCCUUGAUAAUAUUUGUUCCAUUUAUAAUUUACGAACACGCGAUGGGCCCGUUCGUCCCGCUCGUGAGCUUUCCGCUCAUAAUGGUUACUUGAGCUCCUGCCGAUUCAUUAACGAUCGUCAAAUCUUGACAGCAUCAGGUGAUAUGACUUGUAUACUUUGGGAUAUAGAUGCUGGUGUUAAAACUGAAGAAUUUGCCGAUCAUACUGGUGAUGUAAUGAGUCUAUCCUUAAGCAGUAAUCCUAAUAUAUUUGUCACAGGUGCUUGCGAUUCUACAGCAAAAGUUUGGGAUAUCCGUACUAAGAAAUGUGUGCAAACAUUCGUUGGACAUGAAUCAGAUAUCAAUGCGGUUCAAUUUUUCCCUGACGGAAACUCGUUUGCAACUGCUUCAGAUGAUGCUACAUGCCGUUUAUUCGACUUAAGGGCUGAUUGCGAACUUAGCGUCUAUUCUCAUGAAUCAAUCUUGUGCGGCAUCACUUCGAUUGAUUUUUCGCCUUCAGGACGAUUACUCUUCGGCGGCUAUGAUGAUUAUAAUUGUAAUGUUUGGGAUACUCUUAAAGGUGAACGCGUUGGUAUUUUGUCUGCUCAUGAUAAUAGAGUCUCCUGCCUGGGCGUUGCUGACGAUGGUAUGGCGUUAUGUACCGGUAGUUGGGACUCCACUCUAAAAAUUUGGGCAUAA